CUAGGAGGUGGACUCUCCCUUCUCAAAACAUACCCCAGCCUGCCUGAUUUCGUCUGCUAGCGGUUCAGGUUGGCUCCCCCGUUCCAAAAGUUGGUACGCGUGUACUAAAUACAGUCGUCACAAACAUGGCUGACACCGAGCUUGCCAAAAGCUUGAAGGAUUUGCCUUCGCGCAUCCAGUCCGCAAGCACCAAGGAACGGCAACAAGUGAUCAAACAUGUUAUCUCAAUUUUGUCAAAUCCAGGUAUCACAGAACAGGUUGUUCGUGGCCUAUGCAGGCUGCUGCCCAUCACUUUGCCUCGAUACAGUGAUAGUAGAUCAAAGGCAGCUGUUUGUCAGCUCAUUUCAGCUCUCCUAAAACAUCACAAAGAAUGGACAGUUAAACACCUCACUGCUUCUCUUGGGGAGGUUGCAAAUGGUUACAAGUCCUUAGUUCCAACGCGCAACACUUCUUUGACUGCCCUUCAGGCCUUGAUUUGGUCUUGUAUGGUGGUUGAAGUUGGUUUCCAAGAUGCUUCCGAUGCCUGCAAGUCUGAGUUCCCUGCCCUCUUUGAGGCGCAGGCUGUACUUCUUUGUGCUGUUGUUUCUUCCAACUUGAGGAAAAGCAAACUGAAAGUUUGUCGACUGACCUAUAAGAUGUGGAAAUCAAGUUCAUCUGUCAUUGACUUGUAUGUCUCAACACUUCAAUCUUUGAAAGAGCCAUCUUUCCAAUACAUUGUGUUUGGUUCAUAUUUAAUACAUCAUUUAGUAAAUGACAGCAAUGCAGAGUUGGUUAAAAAAUUUAAAGCGAAUCUUUUGGACAUGUUUAUUAAAGUUGCUGUCAGUGUCAAAGUUAAGCCGCCUGUCUAUGUGGUGGAUGAGUCUUGUGCACUGUUGCGCCAGCUAACCCAUGACGAGUUCAAGGGGCAACUGUUGCCAGCUGUACAGAAGGCAAUGCUGCGAAACCCUGAAAUUAUUUUGGAGUGUGUUGGUCAUAUUAUCUCAGCUGUGUCUUUGGACCUCAGUCAAUAUGCUAGUGACAUUGGGAAAAGCUUGGCAGCAAACCUCCACUCCAAGGAGGACUUAGCUCGAGUCGAGUCAGCAGAUGCCUGCAAGCGUCUGGCUCAACAGUGUAGUGAUGCUACUGCUAUUGAGCAGCUGCUGAAUCAGAUCUUUGCUGUGUUCCAUGGGUCGGAAGGGAAGUUGACAGUUGCUGAGCAGAAAAUAAGUGUCUUGCAGGGAGCGGGAAAUCUGAGUUUCAACACUGUGAGUGGAAGUAGUGUACAAAAACUUGCUACUAUUGCUGCAGAGCAGUUCAUUAAGGUGGUUGGUAUUGAAGCGCAUGAAAAGACUUUAGUGCAUGCCCUUGAAAUGAUGUCCCUGUGGUGUUCCAAAUUUACCAAUGAAAUUCCGGCUUCUGUAAUUGAUGGAUUGAAGAAGAGCUUAGGGUUGAAAACAUCAACUGCACCUAUCCGCACUGCUAUCAUUCAGUGCAUGUCUUGCUGUUUCACAAGCAAUACUGCUCAUCUUGGAACUGACUUGGUUCCGCUGCUCUUGAAAACAAUUGAAAAAGGUGCUUCACAACAAACUCAGGCACCUGUUGUCACAGAAGCUCUUGCUGCUGCGUGUCUGCUCCUCAAGCUGUGCUCUAGUGAGGGCACAGUGUCUGAAACACAACUGAGCUCAGUUUUUCCAGCAAUUACUGAUCCUGAAAAGCAGCUAUUUGUAGCUGAAAAGUUUUUGUUGGUUGCAUCUGAUGAAGCUCUUAACAAUGUCAUGAACCUGAGUGAACAACUGUUGGUUAAUCAUGUGGAUAAGCUUGAAGGGCGCAGCCAGCCGUUUCAUCGUGCAAUCAUUUUUUGCCUGACCUGUGGCAGUGCAAAUGUGAAAGUCCACAGCCGUAAUGUUGUCAAAAAAAUGGUUUCAUCACUUGGAGGAACUGAAAUAGCGCGGGCUUUAUUGAGGGAAUUCACUCAUUCUUUAGAAACUCUCAAAAUUCAGUACACUAGCAGCAAAGAGGCGAAAGAAAACAAAGAAAACUCUGAGGGUGGUACAGGACCAGGUGGUGGACCUGAGGCAACACCUCAGUCGCUAGUUGGUUGCCUCACUGCCCUCUGCUCUGCAAAUGGCCUCACACCAGAAGAUGCUUUCUACAUUGCACAGGAGUCUUUGAUUGCAUCUAACCACCCAGCCAUUGCUGCUGUUGCCCCUGAAUUAUGGCUGAAAAUUGUGCGGCACAUGAAUUGUGAACCUGCAACCUUGUUGGCUCGCUUAUCGCAGAAUAUUCGGACCACACUGAUUGAUAAUUACAAACCAACUCCUAUUAUGGAGAAAACGUUAGCUUUGGUUGUCAAAAUCAGCCCUAAUAUCAUUCUGCCUCAUUUAUUAGCAAGAGUAAAUGAUGGUUUAAAUGACCAAUCAUUAUUGCAUAUAAGCAAAGAUGAGUACUUCAUUUUUCAAACACCGGAAGGAGUUCUGUAUGACAAGAGCUGUAUUGGAAAAAAUGAUGAUUCAUUGCUGAACAAUAAAAACAUGAAGAGGGAGAGCAAAGUUUAUUCCUACAAAGAGCAAUUAGAAGAAAUGGCCCUCCGCCGAGAAUUGGAAGAAAAAAAAAGGCGUGAAGGGAAACUCAAAGAACCAGAGUUGAAUCCAAAGCAGAAAGAGGCUAUGAAAAUACAGCUUGAGAAAGAAAGUGCAAUUCGUUCAAGGCUGACUGUGUUGAAGAAUCGUUUGGACAAUUGCAUAUCCAUGUUGCGUGCUGCCUUGGAGGGAAAUCCAACACAUCUUUCUCGAUACUUCCGAGAGAUCCUCCCCAGCAUUCUGACUAAUUUAAAGUCACCACUUGCCGCUCCAGAUUUGUGUGGUCUUUAUGUCCAGUUACAGAAGGGUGUAUUCAGCUCCUCCCAUAUGAUCUUAGCUGAUUUAGUGGGACAUGUUACUUUGCGUCUGCACAAACCCAUGUGCGACCUUGACAGUGCUUGGGAGGAUGAGAAACUGGAUGCAGCUGUAGCCAGAACCCUCAACCUGCUCCACAAGGCAACUGUUCGUCCACGCAGUGAAACUAUUAAGGAUCAAGACAAGAAAAUAAUCCUGCCAGCUCCUGCAUUUUGUUAUUGUUUCACCUUUAUCAAGAAAGCCUUGGUCCACCCAUCUGUUCAAAAGGAUGAAAUCUUAAUGACUAAAGGUAUCCAGAUUGUCUCUGCACAUGCUCAGAUGCAGGGAGGUGUUGUCGAACCCAAGGAUGGUAUUGAUCUAUUCCAUCCAGAUCUUUUGCCAAGACGGCUGAUGUUUGAACUUUUGAUUGGAAUUAUAAGUGUUUCCACGGGAAGACUUCAGCAACUUGCCAGUGCAGCUCUCAUGGAUGUCGCUGCUUCAGGCUCUGCUCUGGAAGGAUAUGCUAGGGCCAGUGAAGAUGAAAUUGACAGCCUGCUGUCAGCUCUUCAGAACCAAGACACCAACGUGAGAGAUGCUGCUCUCCGGGGUUUAGCUGCCAUGGUUGCUGCUUUCCCUACCUUUAAGACAAAUCCUGAACAGGCUGUCAGAGUGACUAGACGGAUUUGGGUUGCAAGAUUUGAUGUUGUUGAAGAAAACAGGGAACUUGCUUCAAAGUUGUGGACGGCUGCUGCUCUGAAGUUGGAUGAAGUACUCUGGAUGGGUCUUCUCUUAGAUGUUGUUCAUCCUGUUGACGUUGUGCAAACUUCUGCAGCAGAAGCUCUGGCUGCAUUGCUCAAGGAGUUUGAAGCGCCAAUCCCUCAAGUGAUUGAAAAUCUUCUAGGAAUAUACAAAGAGAAACUGACGAUGAUUCCUGCCAAAGUUGAUAGUUUUGGGCGUAUUGAAGAGGAGGCUAUUGAUGUGUGGGAGCCACGUCGAGGUGUGGCACUUGCUCUUAAAGAAUUAGCCCCUUUGCUCACACACAGUCAAGUGUCAAGCCUAGCUCAGUUUUUUGUCUCAAAUGGCUUGGGUGACCGAAAUGAAGAAGUCAGGAAAAAUAUGUUGAGUGCUGCCCUUGCAUCAGUAGACUUGCAUGGAAAAGAUACUAUCAAUAGCUUGUUGCCAGUGUUUGAAAAUUUCUUAGAUAAAGCACCUGACUCUGGCAAAUUUGAUGCUGUUCGCCAGUCCAUUGUCAUCCUUAUGGGAUCUUUGGCUAGGCAUUUAGAUAGGGAUGACCCCAAAGUGAAACCUAUUGUUUCUCGGCUUGUGGAUGCCCUGUCGACACCAUCUCAGCAAGUUCAGGAAGCAGUUGCCAAUUGUUUGCCUCACCUUGUUCCUGCUGUCAAAGAUGAAGCACCUGUGCUCAUUAAGAAAUUAAUGGAUCAGUUACUUGAAUCCAGUGUGUAUGGUGAGCGAAGAGGUGCUGCAUAUGGUCUGGCUGGCAUCAUCAAAGGCAUGGGAAUCCUUGCUCUGAAGCAGUAUGAUGUAAUGACAACUUUGACUGAAGCUAUUCAAGACAAGAAGAAUUACCGUCAUAGGGAAGGUGCCCUUCUUGCAUUUGAGAUGCUCUGUAACAUGCUGGGCCGCUUGUUUGAACCUUACAUUGUCCACGUCUUGCCUCAUCUGCUGCUUUGCUUUGGCGAUGGCAACCAGUAUGUGCGAGACGCCACAGAUGAAACUGCUCGCAUUGUGAUGAGCAAGCUAUCAGCUCACGGAGUAAAACUGGUUCUACCCUCUCUCUUAACUGCUCUGGAGGAGGACUCCUGGCGAACUAAAACUGGUUCAGUUGAACUGUUAGGUGCCAUGGCUUAUUGUGCUCCAAAGCAACUUUCAUCCUGCCUUCCAAGCAUUGUGCCAAAGCUGAUUGAGGUUCUUAGUGAUUCACACACCAAGGUACAAAAUGCCGGAGCACAAGCUUUACGACUUAUUGGUUCAGUUAUUCGAAAUCCUGAAAUUCAAGCUAUUGUUCCUGUUCUCUUGGAAGCUCUUCAAGAUCCAUCACAUCGUACUGCUACUUGUCUUCAAACGCUUUUGGAGACCCAAUUCGUGCACUUCAUUGAUGCUCCAUCUCUGGCCCUUAUCAUGCCUGUGGUUCAGCGUGCCUUUAUGGACAGAGCUACUGAAACAAGAAAAAUGGCUGCCCAAAUCAUUGGUAAUAUGUAUUCCCUCACUGACCAGAAGGAUCUUAUGCCAUAUCUACCAACAAUUGUGCCAGGCCUCAAGUCAUCGCUGUUGGAUCCUGUGCCUGAGGUUCGAAGUGUCUCUGCCCGAGCGCUUGGCGCUAUGGUUCGUGGAAUGGGAGAACAAACAUUUGAAGAUUUAUUGCCUUGGUUGAUGACCACUCUGACUUCAGAGUCCAGCUCUGUAGACAGGUCUGGUGCGGCUCAAGGUUUGAGUGAGGUGGUCAGUGGGCUUGGUGUUGAAAAGAUGCACAAGCUUAUGCCCGAGAUCAUUGCCACAGCUGAGCGCCCUGAUAUUGCUCCUCAUGUUAAGGAUGGUUACAUUAUGAUGUUCAUUUACAUGCCAAGCGCCUUCCAUGAUGACUUUACUCCAUACAUCUCCCAAAUCAUCAACCCCAUUCUGAAGGCAUUGGCUGAUGAAAAUGAGUAUGUUCGUGAAACUGCUUUAAAAGCUGGACAGCGUAUUGUCAAUUUGUAUGCGGAGUCUGCCAUUAUGCUUUUGUUACCUGAAUUGGAGAAAGGUCUGUUUGAUGACAACUGGCGCAUUCGUUAUUCUUCUGUGCAACUUCUGGGAGAUUUGUUGUACCGCAUCUCUGGUGUCUCUGGCAAAAUGUCAACUGAAACAGCAGAUGAGGAUGAUAACUUUGGUACAGAGCAAUCUCACCGAGCUAUAAUUGACAUUUUGGGUCCGCUCCGCCGUAACAGAGUGCUCGCUGGUCUGUACAUGGGCCGCUCUGAUGUAGCACUGAUGGUACGGCAAGCAGCUCUCCAUGUAUGGAAGGUGGUUGUAACCAACACUCCACGCACUCUGCGAGAAAUUCUGCCAACUUUGUUCAGUCUUCUCUUGGGAUGUCUCGCAUCAACUAGCUAUGACAAGCGCCAAGUAGCUGCAAGAACCUUGGGUGAUUUGGUUCGGAAACUUGGUGAGCGUGUUUUACCAGAAAUUAUUCCUAUCUUGGAACGAGGCCUCGAGUCAGAUCAAGCAGACCAGAGGCAAGGAGUAUGUAUUGGGCUCUCUGAGAUCAUGGAAUCAACUAGCAGGGAUAUGGUGCUUACUUUUGUCAACAGCCUGGUGCCUACUGUGAGGAAAGCAAUGUGUGACCCUCUCCCUGAAGUCCGAGAAGCAGCUGCCAGGACUUUUGACAGUCUCCACUCUACUGUGGGUGUAAGGGCUUUGGAUGACAUUCUUCCAUCCAUGCUCAACCAGCUGAGUGACCCCGACCCACAUGUUGUGGAGUGUACAUUGGACGGCUUGAGACAGGUCAUGGCAAUCAAGUCACGAGUCGUGUUGCCUUACUUGGUACCUCAACUGACUGCACCCCCUGUCAACACUAAAGCUUUGUCCAUUUUGGCUAGUGUAGCUGGAGAAGCUCUCACUCGCUAUCUUAGCAAGAUACUUCCUGCUUUGUUAACUGCUCUCUCUGGAGCACAAGGCACUCCUCAAGAAGCUCAGGAAAUGGAGUAUUGCCAGGCUGUGGUGUUGUCUGUUAAUGAUGAAGUUGGUGUGCGUACUAUAGUAGAUUCAUUGUUGGAGUCGUCACGUUCAGAUAAUGCUGCAUGUAGGCGCUCAGCCACUGCAUUGCUCUGUGCAUUCUGUGGUCAAACACGAGCCAAUUACACCCAGCACGUUCCCCAGCUUUUGCGUGGCAUAAUUCACUUGUAUGCUGACACUGAUCAAGGCGUCCUAGUCAUGAGUUGUGAAGCUCUUGCUGCUGUGUUCAAGACCCUUGAAGUGACAGCAUCCACUGCCUAUGUUGGUGACAUUAAGCAAGCCAUUCGCUUUGCUGCUGGGGAUCUCAAGGGGCAACAGUAUAUGCCUGGUUUCUGUCUACCAAAGGGAAUUACCCCUAUGCUACCUAUGUUCCGUGAAGCUGUGCUAAAUGGUCCACCAGAAAUAAAAGAAGUGGCAGCGUAUUGCAUCGGUGAUAUGAUUAAACUUAUCACAAAUGAGGCUCUUGCUCCGUCUGUGGUACACAUCACUGGUCCUUUGAUUCGUAUUCUUGGAGAUCGCUUCAACUGGCCAGUCAAGGCUGCUGUUUUAGACACACUCUCCUUACUGCUCUCAAAGGUGGGUGCCAUGUUGAAGCAGUUCCUGCCUCAGCUGCAGACAACCUUUGUGAAGGCUCUCAAUGAUGGCAACCGCAUAGUUCGAGUCAAAGCAGCGGUUGCAACUGGCCAUUUAAUCAAAAUCCACACAAGGCCAGAUCCUAUUUAUACAGAACUACACAACAGCAUUAAAAAUCUAGAAGACUCUUCAAUAAGAGAAACAAUGCUUCAAGCUCUCCGAUACAUGAUCACCGCUGCAGGAGACAAAAUGUCUGAACCUAUUCGAAGGGCCAUCCAUCAGACAUUGAUUGGUAUGCUGAGUCACCCUGAAGAUGUCUCAAGGUGUGCAGCCGCCGGCUGCCUCGGCGCCAUGUGUCGAUGGUUCUCACCUGAACAACUCAACGUUGUGUUAUCAGAUCACCUCUUGUCGGAUGAUACUUCAUUGGAUUGGAUGCUGAGACAUGGAAGAAGCUCAGCACUCUUUGUUGCCUUGAAAGAAUGCCCCUCUGUUGUGUAUACGGACAAUUUCUGUGAUAAGUUGCACAGGGUCAUUUUGUCUUUCCUGGUUGCUGACCGAGUUCAAAUUGCUCAAAAUGGGAUACGGUGCUGUGGUUACUUGUUUGACCAUCUCAUGUUGAAUGAAAAACCACUACCCCAAACACUCAUCUCACCUUUCAUUAGGACCAUGAACCACAGUUCCAAUGAAGUGAAGCAACUAGUGUCUAGAGUGUGCUCUUACUUAGCUAGAAGGCAUGAUAGAAAGACAUUCACCCCUGAACUGUUGAAAGUCACAUUGCCUAUGCUUGUCAAUGGAACUAAAGAGAAGAAUAGUUAUGUUAAAGCUGAUAGUGAAAUUGCUCUGGUUUCUGUUUUACGAUUGCGGCAAGGUGAAGAAAUGCUUCAGUAUUGUUUGGGUCUACUUGAUGCUGGAGCUCAGGAGUCACUCAUGGACGUUAUUAGUAAGGUUCUUCGUAAGGUAGCAAAUCAACCUGAGACCAAGGAAGAGGAAUUGGAUGACACUCUUGUUACUUGAAUUCAUUAAAGUCAAAGUAAUUUACAUCCUAACAACGAAUUGUGGAGAGCCCAGUUUUCUUACUCGUGAUGUACUGUAGUUUUGUUAUUCUAUGAAAGACAGGGGUUUGCUAAACAAUGUUUUUAUGUGAUAUACUGCUAGCUUUUCUUCUCUUUUAAAUUUUCCCUUUCAAUUUUAGCACAUUAGUGCAUUAUGGAAGGAAAAACUGGAAUUGUUGUACUGUCUUAUUUAAAAUGGGCCAGAUGACAAACUACUUAUUUAAAAAAAUAUAAAUUGAUGUUGCAUGUAUUUGUACACUACCAAUUUCAUUUGUAGUCUGUAUACUGAUAACGUAAGAUUAUGUAAACUGGUGUAUACAUGUGUUGUGUCGAACAGUUUGGAGCAGUUUUAUUCCAUUUUGACUUUUCUUUUCUAUUUUCUUCUGUUUUGUUGUUCAGUAGUUGGUCUCAGUAUUCACACGGGUCUCUACCUCUUUGUAGGUUCUCCAUUGUUUCUGUUGUUUUGUUUUUCAUAAUAAAAUUUACAAAUACAUUUCCACAGGA